CAUUUAGCGGUAACGAUCAGAAGAACAUGCCUCAACAUUGAUAGAGUCUAUCAAUUUGCGACGAUGCUCCUUGCAACGAGAAUAUUAACGCCUACACGGCUUUUAGGCCCUGCCCUCAUGCGCCGGGCAAUGAGCACAUUGCCCAACAAUUCUCACAUAAAAGUUUUUGCCGAUGCUUCGAGGCCAAACACGCACAUCCUCACCUACCUUGAAACGAACCCCCCGAGCCCCAGCCUAGCCAUCGGCACCACGACCGAGGUUCCUCCAACUCCGCGCUCCUUCUCCGAGAACCCGCGCUUCCUGGCCAUCCUCAACGACGUACUGAAGCAGCACGCCCACCGUGACGAGGGUCUCCAGGCUCAAGCCAAGGCAUUUGCCUCGCCGGGCGGCGCGACCCUCGGCUCGGGCGGCGUCUUCUUCCCUCAGCAGCGACAAAAGAGAAGAGGCGACAAUGCGAGCGCGGCCGGAUUGGGGGGCGGCGGCGGCGCGGGGGGUUCGUCUGCGGGCGGCGCCAGCGCGCAGGGUGGUGCUGGGGGAGGGGGCGUCGGUGGGUGGGUGCACUUGAGCGAUUCGAGAAACCCGCCUGAUUAUGGGCGCAUAGCAUGGCCUGAGGACAUCCUCGGGAGCGUCGAGGUCGACGCCGAGGGUAACCCUAUGAACAACUUCCAACCAAGCGGAACGUACCGCAUAUUGACGAAUGAGGGAAUCCUGGGAUUGAGCCCAUUCCUUCGUCAAAAGGUGAUUGAGAAGCUCAAAGAGGAAGAGCAAAAAGAACGAUUGGCUUGAUAUGGGCACAACUCUCUGCAGUCUGCACGGCGAAAAGUCAUGAGUGUCUCACAAGAGCUACGCGGAAUUGCGCGGGAUAAAUAACGGAUUUUGUUGUGUCUGGUCAAGGCCGUAAUCAUCACUGGUUAUGUACAACA